AGGCUUCAUGUUUUUACACAAAAUCGAAGAAACGUCCAUCAAUGCUGAAUGUGGUGUUGAAUAAAUUGAUUAAGCUAACGUUGAAGCUUUAUUUUUUGCUACCCAAAGCAUCCAUAAGAAAACAGAAUUUUCAAGUUCUUAACCAUCAGAUCAGCACAGAGGACGUACUCCUGCCAAAAUGGUUCGCCUUUUCGACAACAUCAAUGAGCAAGUGCUACGCACUUACAUCUUCUGGGCAAUGGUUCUAGUUGGUAAAAUGCUACUAAUGUCGGUUUUAACCAUAAUGCAGCGAUUUCGUAAAAAGGCCUUCGUAAACGAGGAAGACAUCGUCACUGAUAAAAAAUUGAAGCUCAAAUUUGACGAUCCUGAUGUAGAGCGUGUCCGUAGAGCCCACCGAAACGAUUUGGAGAACAUUUUUACCUUCUUGGCGAUAGGCUUUUGCUACAUGCUAACAAAUCCGGAUCCUUGGCUUGCCGGGACGAUCUUUCGGCUGGUUGCCGCCGGACGGAUUGUGCAUACGGUCGUGUACGCUCUGGUUAUUGUUCCGCAGCCGACGCGGCUGCUGGCGUGGCUUGUUCCAUAUGCUGCCUGUUUGUAUAUGACCGCCCAAACGUUGCUAUAUGUUAUGUGAGGGGGGAG